UUGGUCCCUCUACAGAAAUGACCUGGGUGCCUUAUCUUAGCUCACUGGGAACUCCGAACUGAAAACGUUGUCCGUUUUCAUUUGUACUUUCGACAGAGUUGCCUGCUCUCAUCCUUCCCUGUUGUUUCGUUGAAGAAAAGCUUUAAACAACAAAAAAAGCUUUGCUUGACGAAGGGACCGGCUCGCUCGAUAUCUGGAGAUUGCAACUGCCGCAACAGAGAACAGAAGAAAAAAAAAUGAAACUUGAAGUUUUCUCCGGGACCAACUUUGAGGAAAAGCCUCUGGAGGUUUGCAGUGAUGCGGAAGGCAGCGUCCCGUCUCCUCUGUCGGGAGAAGAAGAGCUGGGCUCAGACGGGGACUUUGUGGCCAACAGCCCUGCACCUGUUCUGCCGAGUGCCGAUGGCAAAGCGAAACCUUACACCAGGAGACCCAAGCCUCCCUAUUCCUACAUCGCUCUGAUCGCGAUGGCAAUCCGAGACUCCGCGUCUGGGCGCCUGACUCUGGCGGAAAUCAACGACUACCUUAUGAAGAAAUUUCCCUUUUUCCGGGGCAGCUACACCGGCUGGCGGAACUCGGUGCGCCACAACCUGUCGCUCAACGACUGCUUUCUGAAAGUGCUCCGGGACCCCUCCCGGCCGUGGGGCAAGGACAAUUACUGGAUGCUGAACCCCAACAGCGAGUACACCUUUGCUGACGGGGUCUUCCGCCGCAGGAGGAAGCGCAUCAGCAAAAAGCCCACCAAGGACCAAGAGGUCCUAGACAGCCCGGCCAGCGAAGAGGCGCCCACUGCCACGACCUCUUCUGCUACCAAGGAAGAGGGCGCCAGCACCAAGUUCUCCAGCUCGUUCGCCAUUGACAGCAUCCUGAGCAAACCCUUUAAGAGCAAGGAGGACAGCCGCGCCGAGACAGACAACACCACCCUCUCUGGCGUCAGAGUGAUGUGGCCCAGCAGCUCCCCAAUGAUGCCUUAUGUCAUGGGCUACCCACCUGCGGCCGUGGCUCACGUACAGCCGCUGUUCCAGGUGAACCCCGCCGCCUCACACUUGCUGCAGGCCUAUAGGUAUGGCUACUCAGACCCCGUGCUUGGCGUGGAUCACAGAAGAGACAUUCUUGCCACUUUUCGGUUGUCUCCAGACGGCUUGCCCAGCUCCGAGGCGUUUCCUGCCGCCCGAGCGGCCACAGCCAUGAGAGCGCCUGCGAGCAGCUACCACCCGUUCAAAAUAGACUCUCUGCUGGCGUGAGGGCGAUGGAAAACGGUUGAAGAUGUUGUUGUCGUGAGCACUUUCCUACGCACUGUAUACUUUAUUUUGUAACUAAAUGCAUUUCAUUGCAUUGACAACCAGACGCUUCAGACAGAGUGUUGCAUUGUGUUACUGUCAGUGCUGAAUAACUUGACUUUUUUUUUUCCUCCGGGUAAAUACAAAAUAUGGACAAAGCUAACAUCAGGGACUAUUUAGUAAGUUAUAUUUGAUAAAAUUCCUAUGUGUGUUAACAGGUUCUUAGGUCAUUUCUGUGCUGCAAACGACGGCAUGUGGGUGCCGAAAUGUGGAUAAUACGUUUUAUUCGUUUUAUUUAUGUACUGUUUCAAAGCAAUGUUUUUUUUUAUGACGGGCUACAUGUUGUGGUUUAACUAAUCUGUGAUGUCAACCCAGACAAAGCUCGAAUCGAGCUGUACAGAGAAUCGUAAGCAAUACUGUUUCAGAAGUGGACCACUGCCAAGUUUAAUGGAAAAGACUACUGUGUAUAGUUUCCUCUAAAAAUGAUGCAUAAACCGUUAUUUUGGAAUAAAAGCUUUUACCAAAUAUA